GCUGCGUGACCUCAGUGAAGGGAUCUUUCCUCAGGAUGAGGAAGAGGAGGUCUCCACAGAUGAAGAUGAUGAUAUGUUUGGCAGCAGAAAGAGGAUGAAGAGAUCAGCUCGUAAAGACACUGAUGAGGAAGAGGCGCCAGCAGGAAAGAAGAGGAAAGAGGAGCCAG